AAAUUGCUAUAAAUCAAAUAACUAUAUACAAACAUCUAUUAUGUCUUCUUACAAAAAAAACAUCUAUUAUGUCUUUUAAAAAUGAAACAAAAUAUAUUACAAUAUUUGCAAAAAAUACACAAUCUAAGCAUAUCUACUAUCACCAAUCUCAUGCAUUAAUGAUCUAUUGAUUUGAAAUGGCUAUAAAUCUGAGCACUAUAAGCUUCAUACCCUAUAAAUAUCCUAAACAUAACGAGAAGUGGUUAGAAUUAUCUUCCAUUGAAAUUAAUGGAGCGUCAAGAGAGGUUUGAGAAUAUACCAAAAUGGGAAAAAUUGGAUAAAGACAUGCUUGCCAACAUUUUCAAGAAGCUAGACAUGGUGGACGUCAUCAUGGGAGCAUCACGAGUGUGCAUCACUUGGUUCCUUGCCUCUCACAACAAAACUAUAUGGAACACCAUCAAACUCAACGAUUUUGAUUCGAUUGUUUUAGAUAACCCCUCUAACCCACAUCUGCAGGAUCUGGAUAAUAAUAAUGGAGGAAAACAUCUAAACAGCCUUAGGGAGAUCUUGACUGAAAUCAACAAAUUCAGCCGUGCAGCCCCGGUUGAAUUUUUCUUCAAUGCUAAUACCAAUGUACUAGAACAGGAUCUAGCGAUCAUUUCCAACGGGUUGCCAAACAUCAGAAAACUUGCGUUACGAAUGCAGAAGACUCAAAAUCUGAAUUCAUUUACAUCAUCUUUUAGUAAAUGGAAGAAUCUCCAAACUUUGAUCAUUGCCAAAUUUACAAGAGAUGACGACGACCUGAAGCAUGAGUUCAAAGCCAUUGCAGAAAACUGUAGGAAUCUUACCACCAUAAAAAUCACUUGUACAUUGGACCAAGAAUUAGCCAAUAUAAUUGUUGGUAAGCUUCCGAACCUGAAGAGUCUGAGCUUCCGCUGCACUUAUGUCUCCGUAGAAGCAGUUAAGUCGCUCAUCUUCGGCCUUUAUAACCUCAAGAGUCUUAACCUCUCACAUUGUAUAUUCUUAAAACGACACAACAAUGGUAUGAUGUUAGCAGAAUUAGGACUGUCACCUGAGGAUAAAUCCAUAAUACUUAGCAUUCAAAAGCUUGAAACUUUAAGUUGUGUUGUCCGGAGUGCCCAAUUUGUCUAGAUGUGGGGAAUCAUCCGCUACAUCCUCAGUAUUAUAUCAACUUUGGGUAUAAGCAGUGGGGAACUGAUGAGAUGAAGGAGUUUGAGUUUUAGACCUACCUUUAUCU